AUGACACAGAAACCAUUCGAUUUAGCAGAUGCAGGAUUCGUUUCAGAUGGUUCAGGUGAUUGCGUCUACUGUUUUCACUGUGGAUUAUAUCUAGAGGAAUGGAAUAAGAAGGAUAUACCUAAGAAAGAACAUGCUAUCUGGAAUCCAGACUGUCAAUAUGUUAAAAUGGUAAAGGUCGUCUUGGCUGACGGUGUUACGCCACGAAAGAUGUUUAGCGCUUAUAUGAAAGGCAGUGAUGAUUUGCUAUCGCACACCAUCGAUGCCUAUGCUCUUCCACCGCACCCGGGUUUACUUUUAGAAUCAGAGCACGGAAAUCCUCUUCAACUAUACUCACAGGGACACAAGAGAAAACCUCUGCCUCUGGAUUCUGUUCAACAUGAGAAUUGA